AUGAAAUUUCAGAUAAAAUAUUCAAUUAUUGGUUAUCAUUACAACAAAUAUACACAGGGUACACUUCCUAACGGACAAGAGAUAGCUGUGAAGAGGUUGUCCAAAAGCUCCGGACAAGGUGCACAAGAAUUUAAGAAUGAGGUUGUAUUAGUAGCCAAGCUUCAACACAGAAAUCUAGUGAGACUACUAGGAUUCUGCUUGGAAGGAGAAGAAAAGUUACUUAUUUAUGAAUUCGUCCCCAACAAAAGCCUUAACUAUUUCUUAUUUGAUCUGGUGAAACAAGUUCAGUUGGAUUGCCCAACAUGUUACAAAAUUAUAGGUGGCAUAGCGCGUGGAAUUCUUUAUCUUCAUGAAGAUUCUCGACUUAGAAUUAUAUAUCGUGAUCUCAAAGCUAGCAAUAUACUUUUAGAUGAAAAUACGAAAGCAAAAAUUUCAGAUUUUGGCAUGGCGAAGAUUUUCGGCGUGGAUCAAACUCGAGGAAAUACAAGUAGAAUUAUUGGGACAUUAGGUUACAUGUCUCCCGAGUAUGCAUUGCAUGGAAAAUUCUCUGUUAAAUCUGACGUGUUCAGUUUUGGAGUUCUAAUUCUAGAGAUCGUAAGUGGAAAAAAAAAAAGUACUUUCCAUCAAUCAGAUGGUGACGAGGACCUGCUGUGCUGUGCUUAGAAACAUUGGAGAGAUGGAACACCAAUGGAAUUGAUGGAUCCAACUCUGGUCAAUUCUCAUUCAAGAAAAGAAGUCAUUAGAUGCAUCAAUAUUGGCUUAUUGUGUGUUCAAGAUGAUUUGGAUGCCAGGUCCUCCAUGGCAACUGUGGUUCAUAUGCUCAACACUUUUUCUGUUACUCAACAAAUGCCUCAACAUCCUCCAUUCUUUGCGCACAGCAGAACCGAGUCCAACGCACGAAAAGAGCUGGAAUCUGGUAGAUCUACAAGUCAAUCCAAUAGUCUUUAA